UAAGUUUGAAAUAUUUAUUAAUAGCUGUUAAAUUUUUUGUUGUAUGCAGAGUUCUGAGUAAAAUGAUGAUGGAAUUUAUUUAGAUCGUGCAAUAGUCACCUUAAUGAAAAUUGUGUUAUUUCUGGAACAAUAAUUAUGAGCGUUAUUGGGUAUUGAACGUAUAUCAUUAUCAAAAUUUUCAAAAACAUACAUAAAAUAUCGAAAAAUUGUAGUCAGUGUUCAACGCUUUCAUUUAACAUUACCCAAUAGCUUUUAAAGGUAUUUGUAACUAUCAAUUUGCUUAGACAAUUCCGAUUAACGUCAAAUUAACGUUAUCGUUCACUCAAUAUCUUUCAAAAAAAAUGACGCGAUCGCAUUUACUUUCACAUGUCAUUUAGUUGUAGCGUGAAGUUCGCGAAUAUCUUUCAAAUGUCAAAUUGAAAGUGAUUUGUGAAAGAUUGUUUCUAGACUAUUAGGCCACAGGUCAUAGACAGUUAUUUCUAAAUUCAUACAGCUUGCUGCCUAACUACUCUUUUUCUAAAUUUAAGAAAUACAUGAUGUGACGCAUGAGCAGACAGCAUAACUUUAAAAAAUAUAUUGAUUUUGAUACGAAUUUGAUAUUUGAAAAUAAAUAUGGAAAGCCGUGGGAAAAAAAUCCCUGAUUUAUAUCGAUUUUUCAGAAAAAAAUAUCGUUGAUUUACAUAGACUUUUCAGAAAAAAAUCGAUAUAUCGAUAUUUUAUGCCCAAUCCUAAGUCGAUAUAUUAAAGUAUUAUUAUAGGAACUACGCAAUUUGACUAUUCUAUCUGUAGCUUGCUACAUGGUCUGUCACUUUCUUGAAUGUUAAUGUCAUUGUCAAAAACAUGUGUUUUUAUUUACGUUCUGGAAGCCCAGAAUUGUGCGAAACGCGCAGAUAAGCCAUUAAUUAAAGAAGAAGAAGAAGAAGCCACAAACACCUGUGACGAACACUACGUAAAGCUCGAAGCGAAGUGCUUGUUUCGCAAAACAACUGUCUUCACCAUAUAUCAUACUCAUGGUAUUGACAUAAAUAUCUCUUAAAUUAUGUUUGUUUUAGCUGAAAUGAAAGAUGUUAUUAGAAUAACACCUGAACAUUUUCAUCAAAGUUUGACAGAGUCUAUAACAACUUUGCUAAAUAGAAAACUUGCUAAUAAGGUAGUUCUAAAUGUUGGUUUAUGUAUAGCUCUAUUUGAUAUUACACACAUUGGUCAUUCAUACAUAUUUCCGGGAGAUGGUUCUUCACAUACUGAAGUAAGGUUUAGAUACAUCGUUUUCAGACCCGUGCCUGAAGAAAUACUCAUUGGAAAAAUCCGGAGUUGUAGUCGAGAUGGUGUCCAUGUUACAUUGGGAUUCUUUGAUGAUAUUUUAAUACCAGUAAAUGCUUUGCAACAUCCAUCAAGAUUUGAUGAAACAGAUCAAGCUUGGGUUUGGGAAUAUCCAAAAGAAGAUGGAGAAAAACAUGAUUUGUUUAUGGACUCAGGGGAAUCAAUAAGAUUUAGAGUGACAAGUGAAGCAUUUGAAGAAAGUUUGCCAUCAGGACCUCCAGGUACUGAAUGUGCUGUAAAAACAGUAGCCCCAUAUAGAUUGAUUGGAGGCAUUAAUGAACCUGGUUUAGGUCUGCUAACAUGGUGGGAAGCACCAGAGCAAGAUGACGGAGAAGACAACGAAAACGAACAAGACAAUGAUGAAUAAAUUAUAUAAAAUGUAUUUUUUUUACCUGAAUACCUUUAGAUUGUUAUAUUUGCCUAUUGAUUAAGCACUAGUUUUAAGAAAAAUCUUCAAUG